UAACUAAGUCAAUCUGCAGGAAGUCGACCAGCAGCAAGCAUAUGGCAAUCAGCUCGAAUAUGUUGUUCGGCACACUGUACUUCACCUUCAUCUCUGCAAUCAUUCUCCCUGCGGCGCAUCACCACGUUCAGGGGAAGCUCACGCCGAACUUCUACGACGAAGUGUGCCCGCAGGCACUGCCCACCAUCCAGGUGAUGGUGGCGACGGCCGUCACCUUUAAGCCACGCAUCGGCGCGUCCCUGGUGCGGUUGCACUUCCAUGACUGCUUCGUCAAUGGGUGCGAUGGUUCUGUGCUGUUGGAUGAUUCGCCGACCAUUGUGGGAGAGAAGACAGCGGGGCCGAACAACAAUUCUGUUGGAGGAUUUGAUUUCAUAGACGAGAUCAAAGCCACUUUGAACGUUGUGUGCUUCGGCAAUGUCGUCUCCUGUGCCGAUAUCUUGGCUGUUGCGGCUAGGGACUCGGUUGUAGCGCUCGGCGGAAACUCCUACGAUGUGCUCCUCGGUCGGCGAGAUUCCACCAACGCGAGUAGAGACGACGCGAACUCCAACAUCCCGUCGCCGGUAUCCGACUUGUCGGACAUCCUCGCCAAGUUCGAAGCCCACAACCUCUCCGCCGAGGACCUCGUCCUGCUAUCGGGAGCGCACACCUUGGGAUACGCCAAGUGCAAGCUCUUCCGCGACCGGAUCUACAACGAGACCGCCACCAUCGACGCCGACUUCGCCAGCGCCCUAAAGGCGAAGUGCCCUAAGGCCGUCGGCAGCGGCGACGACGAGCUGUCGUCCCUGGAUGAGACGCCGGCGGCGUUCGACUCGGGGUACUACCAGAUGCUGACGCGGAACAAGGGGCUGCUGCACUCGGACCAGCAGCUGUUCAAGGGGGACGGGAGCGAGAUCGAUGGGCUGGUGAAGCGGUACAGCGAGGACGCCGGCGCGUUCACGGAGGGGUUCGGAGCGGCGAUGGUGAGGAUGGGGAGCAUCAGCCCGUUGACGGGGGACGAAGGAGAGAUUCGAGAGAACUGCCGAGUGGUGAACCGCCCCUGAUUCUGCAUUUCUGCUCUGUUCCAUUGCUUUGAUCUUGUACUCGUGGACCGCAUUUUCCAUUUUUUAUUUUUUAUUUUUUAUUUUUUAUUUUUUUUACAUAUAUUUUUAAAUAUCAACCGCCAAACGUGUGAUGCGUCUUCUGUACCGAAAUGUAACGUCAUUGUGUCACCUGUAAUUCUUUAAAAUAUAUAUAUAUGUAAUUUAUAAUUUCUAUA